AAAGGGGAGGGGCUAGGAGGUGGGCCGACCAACUGUAGGCAAGUGUGUGUGUUCGUCUCAACGUUGCACGAAAUGUGUCUCCUCUCAGCAAAGACAGAGUAACGGGAGACGUGCUGAUCAACGGUUUUUCUUUCUAUUGAAAGUUUAGUUUUUUUGUCGCCUUGACACUGUGUCGAUGUUAUCCUCUGUAUAUUAAAACAUUCCGCUUGUAAAACGCAAUAUUUAUUAAGAGCUGCCGACUUCGUUUCUACCAAAGAGUGUCCGCUUCCCCUCCCCUCGAUGAAGCGCUGCGAUGCCCUCUGAUUUUAUAUCCCUCCUUAGCUCGGAUCUCGACCUCAAUUCCCCCAAAUCUCUAUACUCAAAAGAGUCGGUAUAUGACCUCCUCCCCAAAGAGCUCCAGCUGCAGCCGUCGUCCACCCAGACGGACCCGCCCACCAUGAGCCAGAAGAGUGGGGGAGAGGCGGGACCUCUUCCCUCUGCAGCUUUGGCUUCAGAUGCCACCUCCAGCCCCUCUGCCUCUUCGUCCUUGGCCAUGGGAGUCUCAUCCACUGGCUCCUCUACCUCGUCCUCAGACCAUCCCAAGGGUCCCCAGCAUUUCCACUCCACCGGAGGGGAUGGAGCUGGAGCUUCGGAGAUUCAAGUUAUGGAGGGUGCUGUAUCUGCCCCCAGCAGAGGCAACGGUGGAGCAAACACUGCAACAGGAGACAUAGGGUCAGGAGUGUUGUCGGGGCUAGGAGCCCAGCAGCCUCAGAACACCCCAUCAAAACGGAGGCCCGUGUUGAGCAUAUCCCCGCCACCCGAGGACCUAUUUGACGACAGCCAGAUGUCUAGCCAGGACGAGCCUGCCGUAUCUGGUCCAACGGGUCCAGACUCCGAGCACAGCAGCAGCAUGUGGGCUGAUGACUCCGUCUCCAACUUCAGCUUGAUCAGCUCCGUCUCCUACAACGACAACACGGAGGUGCCGCGCAAGUCUCGGAAACGCACCCCCCGCCAACGGCCCGGGCCCAAGCCUGCUCCUCCAGAGGACAGCAUGGAUGUGUUUGAUGCUGACAGCGCCAAGGCCCCUCACUUUGUCCUAUCCCAGCUGGGCACAGACAAGAACAGUCCCAUAGCCAGCUCUCUUGAGUCAGGACCUGCAGUGAAGGGUGGGUCACUGUCUACUCAGUACCCCCAGAGGAGUGAUGGGAAAGAGCUAAAGAUUCUGGUGCAGCCAGAGACCCAGCACAGAGCUCGCUACUUGACAGAGGGCAGCAGAGGUUCUGUCAAAGACCGCACACAGCAGGGAUUCCCCACUGUCAAGUUGGAAGGUGUGAGUGAGCCAGUUGUGCUGCAGGUGUUUGUUGCAAAUGAUGCAGGCAGAGUGAAGCCUCACGGUUUCUACCAGGCGUGCAGAGUGACGGGACGCAACACCACUGCCUGCAAGGAGGUGGACAUAGAGGGCACCACUGUCAUUGAGAUUCCUCUAGAGCCCAGCAGUGACAUGACACUCGCGGUGGACCGUGUAGGAAUUUUGAAGCUGCGUAAUGCAGAUGUGGAGGCCCGUAUUGGUGUGGCAGGGUCCAAGAAGAAGAGCACACGGGCCAGGCUGGCCUUCAGAGUCAACAUCUCCCAACCUGAUGGAUCAGUACUUACUCUACAGGUCGCCUCAUCGCCCAUCCUCUGCACCCAGCCAGCAGGAGUUCCAGAGAUCCUGAAGAAGAGUCUUCACGGCGGCUCAGUGAGAGGAGGAGAGGAAGUUUUUAUCAUCGGAAAGAACUUCCUCAAAGGAACCAAAGUUAUUUUUCAGGAGAAUAUUGCAGAUGAUAAUUCCUGGCAGGCUGAGGCAAAGAUUGACAUGGACCUUUUCCAUCAGAACCAUUUGAUAGUGACAGUGCCGCCAUUCCACAACCAGUCAGUCUCUUCUCCUGUUUCUGUGGGAAUCUUCGUAAUGACCAAUGCUGGUAGAUCACAUGAUCCCCAGCCCUUCACCUAUACUCCAGACUCAGCUGACGACUCAAAUGUCCGGACAGUAAAAACAGAGGGGCCCUGCCUGGUCAAGACGUGUAUAUUUGAUGGCCAGAUCAAAUCUUUAUCAUCUGAGCAAACUGACAGCUCUGCUCCGCCUUCCAAACGGCAAGAGGACACACCGAUGGAAGUGUCUAGUAAUCCACCAUGCACGGAUGACUUUAAGCCAUCCCCUGACCCUCUUGUCACGGUGCAGCAGACACUGGAGCUCAGCUCUGGUCCUCAUCCCGGUGGAGAGUCCUUUCAGAGCCCAAUGCCCCUCCAACCUGAAGACGUGGAGCUUGCCCAGGCGCCCCCUGUCUUCCCCAGCCUAGAGUCUCUCAGCACCAUACAAAAGCAGGACAUUGCCCCCACGGCCUCCUUUCCAGUGCCGGGCGAUACUACAAUCCCCCCCGUGACAGCAGAAGUCCCCCAGCAGUUCCUCCGAGACCCUCAGGACAGCAUAGCUCCUGAGAGUUCCAAUAAUAGUGGAGGGGUGGUAGUAGUGGCCAUGCCCCAGAUAGCGACUCCCUCUCAGCCCCAACAGUCACAGGUUCCCCUGUUCCCCCAGGAAGAGGUGGCCCAGCUGGAGAGGGCAGUGAGGGAGCUCCAGGCUGGAGGCAACACCACGCUCCAGCAGGUGUUUGAGGCGGCUGUAGCCCAGCAGCAGCUCAACUCUGUGCUGUACAGCCCCACCCCCUCUGCAGACUCCCUUCAACAGCAUGUCCAGGAGAACAUGAACAGCCUUAGAUUGGGAACCACAGAUAAUUCACUAUCAACACAGCGACAGCUACAGAUACAACAACAACAACAACAACAUCAGAUACAGCAACAGCAGAUACAACAGCAUCAACAGCAACAACAACAGAUACAACAGCAUCAACAACAGCAUCAGCAACAGCAGAUACAACAGCAACAGCAGAUACAACAACAACAACAGCAACAGCAGAUGCAACAGCAACAGCAGAUGCAACAGCAACAACAGAUGCAACAGCAGCAGCAGAUACAACAACAACAACAGCAGAUACAACAACAGUUUCAACAGCAUCAACAACUGCAGCAACAACAUCAAAUCCUUGGUAACCUUCAGCAGCAACACAUACAGCAGCAGCAGCAAGUUCUUGGCAACAUGCAGAUCCAACAGCAACUUAUAUUACAGCCACAAGACCAGCAGCAGCAGCAGCAAAUCAUAGAGAAUAUUCAACAGCAACAGUUGCAACAAAGUCAGACACAACAAGUCCUUAGCAACAUCCAACUUCCGGAUCAGCAACAGCAAAAUCAAAUACUUAACAAUUUACAACAACAUCAGCUACAACAGCAGCAGCAAAAUCAAGCAUUGAGCAAUUUGCAACAACUACAAGAGCAGCAGGUGUUGGAGAAUUUACAGCAGCACCUUCAGGCUGAGUUGCUUCAACCCCAGAUCCACUCGUCCCCCCAAGUACAGCAGCCAGUGUCCCUCCUUCAGCAGGCUGGAGAGCUGCUCACCAUUCAGACCAGCUUCCCAACACAGCCCCCAUCCCACACAUCUCCCCCACAGCAGCUGUUUCAGUCGCCCAGGCCCCUGGCUGAGACCCAGGGCUCCCAACAGCAGGUCCAGGCUGCCCUGCUCCAGAAUACGCUGACUGUUCUGACUAGUGGCAGUCUGAACUCCGAGCAGCAGCCUCCAGGGUCAACCCUGUACCUGUCCCCAAACCCUCAGCCCCAACAGCAGCAACAGCAGCUGGCAUUCAUCUCCUCAAUGGAGACUUCUAACGGUCAGCCCCAGUCUGUUGCAAUGUUUCAGAACCAACCCCAAACUCAGCUUUCCCAAAUGCAGCAGCAGAGCACCCCCAUGGAGCAGCAGCAGUCUCCGCAGCAGAACCAACAGCAGCCACCGCAGCUGCCAAUGGGCCAGCAGAGCUCCUUGUUCCAAAGUAUCCCAAACCACUCCCAGGUUAACUCUGUCCCCCAGAGCCAGCUUUCCCAACCCCAACAGACGGGCCUCCUCCUGUGCACCACCGAUCUUAACCCCCAGGCUAUUCCCCCAACUAUUCUCUUCAGCACCCAGACCCAAGGCCCUUCACCUAUGGGGAGCAUUGGCGUUGGAAUCCAACAGCCAGACCCGGCAGAGCCCAUGUCCUUCCAAGACCAGAGCUCGUCAGGCAGCAGCUCCACAUCCACCGAGAACCAACAGCAGAGCCUGUUCCAGGAACAGCAGCCGAUGCAAGUGGGCCCAAGUUCCAUCAGCGUCCAGAGCUCUCAACCUGUGGAGCUGUUCUUGCCACAGACCUCUCUGUCCAGCCUGCAGAGCACUAUUGGCUCACAGGAGCUGAACAACCAGGCUCCAGCCCCUGGCACAACCAUCUUUGUGGUACAGGGGGGUGUGGGUGUGGUACCCAACCCUGGCCAGCAGCCCCCGGAGCAGCUUUUCCAGACAACUGUGGGUGGGAAUGUGGCCCCACAAGGGCAGGCCAAUCUGUUUGUGUUUGGCAUCCAGAAUGACUCCCCCCAGCUGCUCAGUUCCUCUGGACCCGCCCUGCCAGUUCAGGGCCAGCCCCAGAACUCCAGCCACAUGCAGCCUCUGUUGGACCAGCCCAUGGCCCAAGCUGCCUCCACAAUGCCAGCCACCAUGCACAGCAGCUUACAGAACACCCUUCAGGCACAGAUGCACUCCAGCUUAGAGAACGCCUUGCAGACCAGCCUACAAAAUGCAAUGCAGGCAAACACACAGACGGCUCUGCAGUCCAGUUUACAGGCAACCAUAGAAACAAGCCUGCCAACUCCAAUGCAGACCAAUCUACAGACGCAGAUGCAGAACAGCUUACAGAAUCAAUUGCAGGCAUCGAUAUCUGCGUCGUCCAACAUGGAUAAAAUUUAGGACCUACUGGGAGAGUCUACAGAAGCGAUGAUUAAUGAUUGGACCAUGUGGGCACAAAGGAGAGUGAGUGAUACGUAGCCGAGAGUUUAAUGUCCGUAUGUCGACAAAUAGAACGGUGGCGUGCGGUGUUUUGUGUCAACGCCACAAACCUUAGAAACUUUUAAAUAUGUAAGAUUUAAAUGCCCCUUUUACCCCAAAAACCCAAAUUAUGAGCUCAUGUAACUCCCUGUUUUUAUGGAAUAUUUAUAAUUAAUUAUAUCCUUCAUACACCCAUUGUCCUUGAAUUGAAGAAUCCGCCUUUGUUAUUACCCCUCUUGCGGGAUCAGAGAGGCCUGUAAUAACUGCUUUAUCCAUCAGUCUCAGAAAUACAGUGUUUUAUUGUGAGUGUUUUAAUAAUGUGAACCGAAGAGAUGAUGAUGAUGAUUUUAAAAAAACAACAACCUGCCAGGUUUGGUGGAAAAACUGGAAAGGGACAAAGAAUGUCAGCGACAAGGAAAUGGGAGAAGUAAUGUGAUGGAGCUGAGUGUGUAAGAGCAGGCAGAGUAGAUGAAACGGCCAGGAGUGAAUAUCAGGUUGCACGUAAGUGUCGGAUAAAGGCGGAAUCUUAUUGAGUGUGUGUGAACUCCACGCCUUCACUUCACUCUGAGAGGUGGUCUUGUGUGAUGUGUUUCUGUUUUGUUCAUAAUUACCCGGCAUAGAAGCAGGGAUUGAAUAAUGUCCCCACUCACUUUUAACUUUUGACGCGGAUAUGCAUUCGUCAACAAUUUUGACUGAAAUCUACUCUAAGAGUAAUGACUAUUAAAUGAAGUACAUUUGUAGAAUGUUUUGCCUCAAUCAUGUACGAGUGUGAAGCUGUGCAGACUCUACCGGGAGCGUUCAAAUAAUGAUCAACUCCAAAAACAAAAAAGAAGGCAUCGCACACCAAAAUGAGUAUUGGGUUUCCCCCAAUGUGCAGAAAGAGGAGGGACUAUUAAACACUCUCAGAUGAGAUUCCCCCUCGUGUGCAUAAUGUGACUUGCCUGUUGAUUUGGCCCCUCCCAGUGGUUUCAUAGGUUUAAGGCCUCAUUACUGGGAUUGUAGAAGCUUUCUUGGUGAAAUUUCAAGAAGCGCUCAACGAUAUAAUGUGUGUAUCUUUUUUUGUUUUGAAGAAGUUGGUAACCCUCUACCACGUUAAUGUGGAUAGAAAGAAGCUUUUUCCACUAGUGAAAAUGGAGUGUUGUGUGGUUUUUAUAAACAUUUUAUCUCAAGCACUUUAUAACCUCUAGCUAAUCCUUAUAUCUGUCCACAGCUCCCUUCUGACUCCAGCUGAGUUUGUACUUGGAAAACGUCCAGUUAAAAACCCGAAAUAACACACAGCAGUUACCUUUUGUAAAAGGUAAAUACAUCUUUGCCGAGCAUUUUAACAUUUUGUCAUGUCUGAAUACUUCUUGAGGUUGAGGACAGCUUUGUAUAGAAUGUCUACUCACUGUUGAAUUCCUCUUUGUAUUCAGUCUCAGUGGUCCAGUCAAGUCUGUCUAAACAAACAGCCAUUCCCACAAAAGCAUUGUCAUUUGUCAGUGUUGGAGUGGUAAGUAGGCCUUUGUGUUUCUCACACUGACAAAACACCCAAAAUAUUCAUUGAUUCAUUUAGUCUGUGCAUUGAAAUGAAGGAAUUGUCAUCGUGUUUCUAUUUGUACUAUUUACUGUUACUGUCACUUGAGACUGUUUUACCUUGUGUUGUGUUAGAUAUUUUAGUUUUCGUCUCAGUGUUGGUACCGCGUGCUGGCCGGCGCCAUGUGAAGUUGGCUUCCAGUAACCGUCCCUUGUGUUGUGAACAGGGGCUGACUGGUAAAUGAAGUCUCUGUUACAUAGAGGCUGACAUUUUGGUUCUAUCUACGGUGCUAUGUGCAGGAGGCCAAAUUCCCCCCCCCCCCCCCCGCCCCUAGGAAGGUGAAGUCAUGACCUGCCCUACUCUGUCUCUGAAUGGCUUGCACUUGUUGGUUGGGUUUAGGCAUGAGGAGGGAGAUUGGUUCGUCUAAGAACAUCAGGGGUGGGGGGGGGGGGGGGGGGGGGUCAUGCCUUCGCCAUCCUAAAAUUCAAAAAAGAAAAGAAAAAGAUGUGCAGGAGUAAUGGCACUUCUGAUGUAUUUCUAGUGCGUAAAAGUUUGUACUUCUAUCAAUAGCGCUGACCUAAAGCGUUGGUUUUGGAGCAGUUGAGUCCAGAGAGCGGGCUGUUGUGGGGUCAGACUGGAGUGCACACCAGAGCUCCUGUUGUAAAUCGCCGUCAUCUUGUCUCAUACUUGUCCUCGCAAAUGCCCUCAUAAUGUUUACUCGUCUGUACUUACUCGUUUAAGUUAUGCAGCUCUAGCAUGUUGUUUUUAAGUACACGUUUUAUAAGAAGAUAUGUAAAGGUACUUCGUUUCAUGGAUCAGCUGACCUCUCAUUAACAUUUCCACCGAUUUGAUACAUUACUUUGUUUCAUGUAAAAUAACACUGCUGUACGUUCCAUAUCUACAACAGGAGCCAAUUUGGCAUUAUCAAAAAACAAAAAGCCAAUUUCUGAGAAUUCAAAUGUUAGAAUAGUGUUGCUCACAUAUGCAUUUGUUUGCAUUUUCAUAUUAAUACUGUUUUGUCCUGCAGCUAUUAGUGAUCCAUUUUAAAAGUAACUUAUCUUUUUUAGAAUUUUGUAUCCAUGUAUCAAGAAUAGAGUAUUUUUGUAAAACUAAACGUUUUAGUUUAUGCUCAUAGCAAAGAAUAUCAUUGCUGGUCUGUGGUCCUGAAAUGAACCGCAGGUUUAUUGUGAUUAUUAUAAGUGUGUGACUGAAAUCAAGCAGAUAUGUUGAAACUUAACUCUAAACUGGUUAAACAUUGACUUUACCCAACCUGUAUCCCAUAAUGCAAUGGACUAGGUUUUUCUUUUAUGUGUGUGUGGUUGUUUUUUUUUAAAUGUCAAGCAUCUCAAACGGCACUUUGACUCAUUUAUUGACUGUAGAUCAGGUUCGAGCGCAGUAGUGAUGUUUCCAAGCAUUCCAUUCCUCUUGGGGAGUUUAAGAGCACAUGACAGUAAUGCCUCUUAAAGCCAUACCACCACAGAAAGCCAACCUGUGACUUCAGUUUCAUGAAUGUAAAUGUUACCUCAUGGUGUGGACAUAGAGUUUGCUCUACAUCUAACAUCGGACCAAUUACAGUUUUUUUUUUUUUUUUUUAGAGAACAUAUAUUUUGAGGCAGAGAGGGUGGGGCGGAUUGGCACCAACUGUCAUUUGUAUCACUGUACAUUUGUCAGAUUGUUUUUGGAUUGUGGUGUAAUUUCAUGUUUGUUUUUUUCACGUCCAGUUGUUUCAUUUUGAGCAGUUCCAGGAUGCUCAGUCUGACUCUUCAAAUAGCCACUUCCACCUGACAAAACAUGUGAAACAUUAAUUUAAAUGGUGGUGAAGAUAGCACACAAAUCGUUACAAAAUAUCAGUUUUGUCCUUUUAAGUCAUGUAGAUGAAUAUCCGUGUAUAUUUAAAUGUGAAAUAUACUGCAGGGGUAUCUUGAACUUCAAUUGUGAUGCUUUCAACAGAACUGUGUGUGCCUUGAUAACUUAACUGUUACUCCGUUGUGUUUACCGGUGUCCCCUUUUUCGUGUCAUUUGCCAUUCGGCUCCUUGUCCUUUUUAUUCACGAGGACUGUUGAACAUCGAAACACCUUUCAGUGAAUUAUUAUUUCUAAACAAGCAGAGUGUGUGUGUGUGUGUGUGUGUGUGUGUGUGUGUGUGUACUUUAAUUUAACAUUUUCUCUUUGGAAAUCCAUUCCAGGAUAUCAGAGUAAGUACUCUCAAGAUAAUACUGUGCAGCUUCCAGUGAAUUGUCAACUUGUCUGUUACUUUCUGUUGAAAAAGGUUUUUCAUGCCUCCUGAGAUUUGUGUGUGGUAAAAGGGACGAGACCGCGGAGAUUGUUUUUUUUUUGGGAGAGCUGAUGUGCUUGUCAACAUUACUAUUGCUGUGAAACGCUUGAUCAAAAAGGAGUAACCAUGAUAAAUUAACUGUUAAUUGCCAAUAGUGUGAGCUGUAAUCUCGUGUGUAAUCAGUUUUGCUCACUUUUUCCUAGUUCGCUUUUUCUAUUUCACAUUCUCCAACAGUUCUGUUGUAUCCGUUCUGUGUAGCUUGAGCUUCGGUAUCUGGCCUUAAGACCCCGCGGUCGGGACGAAGGUCAACCCCAGUGUGUUAUCAUACAUCUGAACUAUUAACAUGUACUUUGCCUUGGUCUGGACAUUUGUAUACUCUUCUGUUUAUAUCUGUAAUCCUGCUGCUACAUUAAAUGAAUUAAUAAAAAUGUAAACGUCU